AGAAUCCACUUUGUAGCCCCCGACGGCUACCUCAGAGUAGUGAUGCCAACCGCCCUUCACGAGACUGCAGCUAUUUGGAUGAGGUCGGAAUUCGUCUUGUGGGCGUGUUAUGGUCUCCUCACCCCGGCAACCGCUACAGCAAUAAAGGAUGGCCUGAUUAGUAUGUCCAUUUGUCCUACGAAGUUUCCUAGCCUCUACUAAUAAUGGUGUAGCUCAUGAUCACUUUGUUGGAACGUUUUCGGGCUCCUCUAAAACACCAGACCUCGCCUACAGCCCCUGUAUUAAUGGGACAAGGCGGGCAUUUCCAACGGUAGUCCUUGAGUCUGGGUGGACGGAAUCACAGGCACAAUCACUACGUGACCUCGAAUUGUGGCAGCAAGGAACAGCGGGGGCCGUCAAGAUUGUGAUCUUGUUCAAAUUGGCUAGAUCCCGUGUACACAACCGACUUAAGGCGACCCUCAGUGUCUCCCAAUAUGUGGCUGGUGGGGCACCAGUGAUGUCGGUUUACGUAUGCUCCCCCCUUCCCUGUCGUACCUUCCUCUAUCUUUCUUGCAUCCUACUAACCAACCCUCUCAUCUUGUAGCCGAUCUUUCCUUCGCCGAGCGAGCCCCAUCCAGACCCCUGGAUAACGGUGGAUGAGCUGUUUGGGGGGAUGGUUCCCGGUGGUCUGAACCCGGGAACGCGGUUGCCGUUAAGUCUGGAACGACUCCGGGUUCGGGUGGAGGCAGAAAUGCGACAGCAGGGAUUUGUCCCUGCUGUCACUAGCAACUAAGUCUUGGAUUAUAUUAUUUG